AUAAACAGCAUCACUGACCUUGGUUUCCUCUGAGAACUGAACCAUCUUGGGCAAUGUGUUUUGGUGAACGAAAAAGAAACACGGCGGGUCAAAUUUGAGUGUUCAGGAAGGGAACUAGACUAUAAGAAACAAAAGCGAAUUAUGAUGGCGUGAAAAGACGUCGGGUAAAGGUGAUGUGGAUGAGUUGUAGUGACGGAGACCGCAGUUAAAAGCAAGAUACGUCGAGUCGCCGAGCCGAAAUUUCUUUAGAGCCGCAAGGCACAGGCAAGGAUAAGCUUCCGUCACUUAACCAACGAUCGCCCCGAGCUCCCAACCCGCAUUGCAACUUUCACUCUGCAGGUAUCCCCACGUUCACCAGCUUACUGCAGCACAAUCACAGCUACCUUUUUCCUGCUAUCGCGUGCUUAUACGUUUGGAGUUCUCUCGUCUGUGUGGUUAACCUCAGGCAGGGUGCCAAUUGAAUCGUCGCCAUGUCGGGCGGAAGGCACUGGGAACAGGACAAGGAAGCGACUGUGUACAUCGGAAAUCUGGAUGAACGGGUCACAGACAGUCUCGUAUGGGAGUUGAUGUUACAGGCUGGUCGCAUUGUUAACGUUCAUCUUCCCAAAGAUCGAGUCACCCAAACGCACCAGGGCUACGGAUUUGUCGAGUUUAUCAGUGAGGAAGAUGCAGAAUAUGCUGCGCGGAUAAUGAAUGGAGUCCGCCUGUACGGCAAGCCUAUACGAGUGAAUAAAGCAUCUGCAGACAAACAGAAGACGGUCGAGGUCGGCGCGGAACUGUUCGUUGGCAACUUGGCUCCGAUGGUCACGGAGCAAGUGCUCUACGAUACUUUCAGCCGCUUUGGGACACUUAUCUCAAUACCAAAAAUCGCUCGCGAUGAAGCCAACCUAUCGAAGGGUUAUGGUUUUGUAUCAUUCGCUGAUUUCGAGGCCUCCGAUGCAGCGAUAGCCAACAUGAACGGUCAAUAUUUGAUGAACAAGGAGGUUUCGGUUCAGUACGCAUAUAAGAAAGAUGGCAAGGGCGAACGACACGGUGAUCAAGCAGAGCGUAUGCUCGCUGCACAAGCACGGAAACAUAACGUUCAGCCUCAGAUUCAGCCAGUUCCCCCACAGGUAGUGGGUGGAGGGGCUCCUAUGAUACCAGCAGGUACAAUUAACAGCGACGGUGCUCGCCCCCCGAACGGUGCAACCCCCGAUUUUGGCGUCGGAAGAGGCGCCCCUACAAAUGCUGGCUACCAGAACGUAAUGCCUGCGCAGCAACAAAAGCCCAUACAUCCUCCCCAGCCACUUGCUGCUUUGCCUCCCGGUCUCCCGGCACGACCACCUCCCUCACGGGCGGGUUAUGGAGGACCACAGGCAUUUGUACCUCCCGGCUUCAAUAACGCUGGUCAGCAGCCUGGGUUUCCACCCCAGGGGGCUAUACCACCUCCUGGAUUUGGCAGCCCUGCUGGAUUCCCACCGCAAAUGGGCGCUCAUGGACACCCUCCACCAUUACCACCCGGUUUCCAACAACCAGGAUACGGCCGAGGUCGCUGAAUUAGCUGCCUAUCUUGCAGAGGCUAAAUCAAUUACCUUCAGAAAAAGGGUUUGCGCCAAUUUCUUCACCCCGCGUCGGAUAGGUGAUCUUCUUGAUCCCAGAAACCCGCGCACAGGGGUUUACUCAGCAGUGGAUAUCAGCGCUUGAAAAGACCUUCUAUUUCGCUCUUUAACCAGACGCGAUGAUUAGUACAUGUGACUGAAAUGGUGGAACGAGUGCAUGGAACAGCAGUGGAAAGACGCAGCCCGGAAUGUGUAC